AUGUCCGGGCUCGGCAGCCCCGUCGCCAUGCUGAAGGCGAUGCUCGCCCGAGUGCCGCUCAUUCUUAAGACCGCCCUGUUGCACGGCAUGCAUCUAUCGCCCGUUUCGGGGAAGCAGGACCUGCGCACCGAACUGACCGUGGCCAUCAUCCGCUCGUUCAUCACCAUGACCCUGCCCGUGUCGAAGCAGCAAAAGGGCAGCAUGCGCGACCCCGGCAUCAAGGGGCCCAUGUGGGUGUCCAAGGUGACGCUCCCUCAGCCCGAGGACGACGUCCAGGAGGCCGUCAUCAAGGCCAUCGAGGACCUCAAAGUCGGCGACGAGACGUACAAUAUCCCCGGCGUCGGCCCCGUCGAGGCCGAAUGGACAGGCCACCGUAACGGCGUGGGCAAGAACGCGCCGCAGCCUGACGUCUCCGAGGAAGAGAAGUACGCCCGGUUGCGAAAAGAGACUCCCUCGGAUGCUGUCAUUCUCUACUUCCACGGCGGCGCAUACUUUCUGAUGGACCCCUGCACCCACCGCCAACAGGUCGCCCACCUGUCCAAACGCACCGGCAUGCCCGUACUCUCCGUGCGCUACCGACUCGCGCCACAGCACCCUUUCCCCGCCGCGCUGGUUGACGCCCUCGUCGCCUACCUGUCUCUGCUCGCCCCGCCGGCCGGCGCCCUCCACGCCGCCGUGCCCGCAAACAAGAUCGUGCUGGCCGGCGACUCAGCCGGCGGCAACCUCAGCCUCGUCCUCCUGCAGACGCUGCUAACCCUCCAGCGCAUCGCACCCACCGUCCGCUUCCACGGCCGCGACGUCCCCAUCGCGCUCCCCGCCGGCGUGGCCACCAGCUCGCCCUGGUGCGACAUCACUCGGUCGAUGCCCUCGGUCGUCGACAACGCCGUGUACGACUACCUCGCCCCGCCGACGCAGCGGUACGAGUCCGGCGCGAAGUUCCGCGCGCCCAACCUCCCGGACGACGCGGUCUGGCCGCGCGACCCGCCCCGCGUCGACUUCUACGCCCACGCCUCCGCCUGCAUCCACCCGCUCGUGUCGCCGCUCGCCGGCCGCAGGGAGAUCUGGAAGGACGCCCCGCCGGUGUUCAUGACGGUCGGCGAGGAGGGCCUCGCGGAUGAGGGGCUCGUGCUGGCGCGCAAGAUGCACCAGGCCGGCGUGCCUGUCGUCGUGGAGCAGUUCGAGGGCAUGCCGCAUUGUUUUGGGCUGAUCAUGAUCGGGACCCCGGCUGGUCGUCGGUUUUGGGACGGCUGGGCGCGCUUCUGUCGUGAGGCGGUUGCGGGGCAGGUCACGGCGUCGGGGGCUCUGACGUAUCUUGGCUUCAAGCUGCGGUCGACCCGGGACGUUCCCUUGGAUGAGGCGGUUUCGUUGACGGAUGAGGAGGUGGAUCGCCGGUUGCGCGAGAGCGCGCAAUGGAGACUCGAGGGGGAGUUGCAUCUUCAGCAGCAAUUUGCAAAAGCCAAGCUUUGA